AUGGCGACCCCGUGGCCCCAGGACGAAAUUUGGCCCACUGAUUACCGAGAGCACGCCACAAAUUUAAGCAAAUAUCUUCAAAAGGCACUAUCAGCUAUCGAUAAUGGAGAUGGUCUGCCUGUCGCAUCCCGUGGAGUUCGAGUUGCACUUAUUAGAGCUCUUACCCUCAUCGUUAAAAUGCAGAGCAUACCUGAUCUUGGUCACGUUUACGAAGCCGAGGUGAACAAGGCCAAGGCAGCCUCUAAAUCGAGACCCAGGUGGCACUUUAGAGAGGCAAGCAGAGAUCUCUGCUCGCUGAACCUAGUACUCGGAACAGAAGAAGAGCAGCAGAUUAUGAUACACAACGUCUAUAACCCAAUAAAAACUGCAACUGAGAGAGGAAGCAUGCUUCCACUCCUGGAGCUGGCCAUAGAACGAUCGUCCCAUCAUGAACAAAUUAUUGUUGGCGACUUCAACCUCUACCACGAGCUAUGGGGAGGUGAUCGGGUCCAGCGAGCAGACCAUGAUGCCGCUGAGCUCACCAUAAUCAUGGAAGACUACUGUCUUACGAGCAACCUUGCUCCAGGCACUAUCAUAUAUGAAGAGUGUGACGGAAGAACGACCAUAGACCUUUGCCUUACGACGGCUGGCCUUAUGGACAGACUGAUUUAG